GGUAUAUCAUAUCGAUUUGUAAACAAUAGUCUUUUUCAAUGGCAUGUCACUCUUCAGGGCCUUAAGGAUACGCUAUGGGAAGGAGGCAUAUUUAAAGUAGAUAUCUAUUUUGGUGAGGGUUACAACGAUGAGCCUCCAUCUAUUUACUUUCUUACAGUACCUUUUCAUCCCAACAUUGACAUGAACACUGGGAAACCUUGCAUUUCAUUUUUGGAUUUUGAGAAUGAAUGGAACUCUUCCAUCUCGAUGCAAGCCAUUUUAUUGCAGCUCCAGUGUAUGCUUUCUGAACCAUGCUUGGAAUCUCCUGUCAAUCCUGCUGCCGCGGAUAUAUUUCAAAGAUCGCCUAGACUUUAUGACCAACUAGUUCAAGAUAGUGUG